CAUUGAAACGAAAAUGAGUAUUCUGAUAGUUGCUUUUCUAGUUUCUAUCACAGUUUAUAUUGCCUAUUUUUACUGGAAAGUGAGCAAAUAUCCGAAAGGGCCAUUUCCACUCCCAUUCAUUGGAAAUAUUUUGCAGAUUCCCUCCGAGAACAUCCAAGAGUACUUAGAUGACUUGUCAAAAACUUAUGGGCCAUGCUUCACAUUAUGGACACCACUCCCUGCAAUCGUUCUAACAGACUACGAACACGUAAAAGAAGCGUUUGUAACACAAGGUGACGCCUUUAUUUACCGUGCUGAUCGACCACCAGAAACUUUGCUCCAGCCUCACCUGAACACAGGAGUCUUGUUUUCGAAUGGAGACAAUUGGAGAUUUCAGAGAAGAACUGCUUUGAAAAUUCUUCGCGACUUUGGUUUAGGCAGAAAUUUGAUGGAAGAACAAGUCAUGAGAUCAGUCCACGAAAUGCUUGCACAACUUGAGCGUAUUGCUGAUAAGAAGAAUGUUGACAUGUUUUGGCCGAUUCAACUUUGUGUUGGAAAUGUCAUCAACGAGAGCCUCUUCAGUUACCAUUACAAAUAUGAGGAUUCUAAGAAGUUUGAGACAUUUGUGAAAGUUCUAGAUAAGCACUUGAAAACCGUACAAGGAAAGACGAUCUUUCUCAUGUCAGCUUUCCCAUGGUUAAAACAUUUCCCAGUAAUUGGAGAGCUAGGAUAUCACAGAAUCAAAAAGAACAUUCAGUCGUAUCAAGAAUUUAUUAAUGAUGAAGUGACCAGCCAGAUCAAACAUUAUGAUGGAGAAAGCGAACCAGAAAACUUUGUGCAUGCAUACAUGCAACAAAUGAAACAAAGUGGAAAUCCAAAUCUUGACAUGAACAACCUAUGUGCAUCAGUUAUCGAUUUCUGGCUGGCUGGAAUGGAAACCACUUCUAACUCUCUCCGCUGGCAUUUGGCAUUCAUGAUGAAAUAUCCAGAAAUUCAAGAUAAAGUCCGGAAGGAAAUACUUGAUAAUGUAGGAACUGCUAGAUUACCAUCAAUGUCAGACAAACCAAAUAUGCCGUACACUCAAGCAGUCAUCCAUGAAGUUCAAAGAUGCUCAAACAUGAUACCAAUUCUUGGGACUCAUACAAACCGAGAUGACAUUCUACUUAAAGGGAAGAAAAUACCAACUGGUACCCUUGUAUUUGCACAAAUUUGGUCAGUUCUGAAAAAUGACCCAGUUUUCGAAGAGAGCUCUAAAUUCAACCCUGAUAGAUAUUUAAUGGCCGAUGGAAAAACAAUAAAUAAGUCUGUAUUAGAACGAACAAUUCCCUUCAGUGUCGGAAAGCGAAAUUGCGUUGGAGAAGGAUUGGCCCGCAUGGAGCUCUUCUUGAUUUUUAGUGCAUUGAUCCAAAAAUACGAGUUCAUUCCAAAAACUAAUAUUGAUGUCAAACCGGUCUGCGGAGCAGUCCUCACCACAAAGCCAUACAUAUGCGAGCUAGUUCCUCAGGCUGCUUAAACCCAACUUCACUUGAACGCUGUAAAUAAACGAUUGAAUUAUU